UGUGGAUAAAUAUGUCAAAACUUUUUAAUUUUUUUUAACUAUUUUAUAAUUUUUAUUAGUUUUAUAAUAAUUCCCUGGAAAUUUGUGAUAGAAAAUCUGCGGCGCUCAACUAGGGGUGUAAUUGAAAUCUUUCGUGUUUUCUUAUGUUGAACUCAUUAAAAUUGCAGUUUUCAAAUUUGAAUCAGUGUUAACAUUAACAAAGACAACUACUUAAUAUUUUAUUUACAUAAUUAAUUAGCUGCAGUGGAAUUAGUAGAUUAGAGGCAUCCAUGGAACAAGGCAUAGUUCGAUUUGUCCCAAAAGGGGGCUCCAAGCGAGAUUUUGAACAAUUCAAAGUUCACAUUCAGAAAAUUGAUGGCUCUAUUGUUAAGGGCACCAACAAUGAAUCCUAUAUUGAUGUUACUUUUCCCGAAGGAAACUAUUCUCUUGUCAAAAAUACCUCGGACACCUUGGGGUUCGAGCCGCUCAUCAACCGAACGUAUGUGGAUCAUGAAUCCGUUCCUGGCAUCUCGGCCACUGGAGACUACAAAGUCUCCUCACCACACUUUAGCAGGGACUAUGAAAAUGAAACUGUUCGCAUCAAUAUUAUGGGAAUGACCUGCCAGUCAUGUGUUAAUAGUAUACAGGAUACAAUACGAAAAAAAUCCGGGAUUUUAAAUAUAAAAGUAAGCCUGCCGGAGAAUUUGGCCCUAGUAACUUAUGAUCCGAAGCUAACCGAUCCUCAAGAGAUCUGCGAUUGGAUCGAUGAUAUGGGCUUUGAGGCCUCAUUGCCUUUACUCAGCAGCGAACUGAACAGUCCCAAUGAGUGUUUGGUGCACAUUGAUGGCAUGACUUGCAAUAGUUGUGUUCAAAGCAUUGAAGGUAUGCUUUCAACUGUACCAGGCCUCCAACACAUAAAAGUAGAUUUAGAAGGAAAAGAAGCUUUCGUGCAAUAUCUGCCCAAUAGAAUUCAACCGAACGAUAUUGCACGGCAAAUCGAAGAUAUGGGCUUCGAUGCAUAUGUAAAAAGCAUUAACGGCAAAGAUGUUAAAAAGAAAGAUAAUAUUCCGAUGGCUAAUGGGAGUGCCAGUAAAAAUAACACACCUCAAGAUCCAGACGUUAAUUUGGAAAAAUGCUAUAUUCACGUAAAGGGAAUGACUUGUGGGUCUUGUGUGGCUGCUAUCGAAAAACAUGUUAAAAAAAUAUCAGGAUGCCACAAGAUUUUAGUAUCUCUACUAGCAGCCAGAGCUGAGGUACAAUUCGACCCCAGUCUGGUAACGCCGCCCGAAAUCGCUGAGUCUAUCAGCGAGCUGGGAUUUCCUGCAUCGAUUAUGGUUCAGUCCGGCGCUGGACAGUCGGAAGUGGAUCUGGAGAUUAGCGGAAUGACAUGUGCGAGUUGUGUUCAUAAAAUUGAAAGCAAUAUUGUUAAGUAUCCGGGCAUUCUAAGUGCACAAGUCGCCCUCACUGUUCAAAAGGGAAAGUUCAAGUACGAUCCUGAAGUUACCGGACCGAGGAGCAUAAUUGAUGCUAUUCAGAAAUUAGGUUUCAACGCGCGACUGGCGACCAAAGAUCACGACACUGAUCGACUGCAACAGAAAGGUGAAAUUCGAAAAUGGAAGCGAAGCUUUUUUUAUUCUUUGGCGUUUGGCGGGCCCUGCAUGAUCGCUAUGAUGUAUUUUAUGGUCAUAAUGUCUUCCGGAAAUAUGUCCCAUGAGGACAUGUGUUGCGUUGUUCCUGGUUUAUCCCUGGAAAAUUUGAUAAUGUUCGUCCUGUCCACUCCAGUUCUCAUCCUGGGAGGGCGGCAUUUUAUCGUACAGGCUUAUAAAGCACUUAGGCAUCGCACCACUAACAUGGACGUUUUAAUAGCGAUGGCCACGUCCAUUUCUUAUACGUACUCAGUGCUGGUCGUUUUAGCCGCAAUGAUCAUGCAGCAGAAGACCUCGCCGCAAACGUUCUUUGAUACGCCUCCCAUGCUUCUGGUGUUCAUCAGCUUGGGCAGAUGGUUAGAGCAUAUCGCCAAGGGCAAAACAUCGGAAGCAUUGAGUCGAUUGCUCUCCCUCAAAGCUACAGAUGCCGUAAUCGUCACUCUUGGACUGAAAGGCGAAGUAACUGGUGAGCAAGUGGUCAAUGUUGAUCUGGUGCAGCGAGGAGACUUUUUGAAAGUUGUGCCCGGUGCCAAAGUGCCAGUUGACGGCAAAGUUACACAGGGCCAAUCGAUGUGCGACGAAAGUCUCAUCACUGGGGAAAGCAUGCCGGUUCCAAAGAAAAUAGGAAGCUCUGUGAUCGGCGGUUCGAUAAACCAGCAUGGAUUGUUGAUCGUAGAAGCGACUCAUACGGGGGAAGCGACCACGUUGUCUCAAAUCGUAAAAUUGGUCGAAGAAGCCCAAACUUCCAAAGCUCCGAUUCAGCAUUUAGCGGAUAAAAUUGCUGGAUACUUUGUUCCGGCGGUAGUGGGAGUUUCAGUGCUUACUCUUAUAAUCUGGUCGAUAAUUGGGGCGAUAGACAUCGAUCUGCUUCCAGUCAGCAAGCACGAAAAAGCUGAGGGUUUUAGUAAUGUGGAAAUCAUCCUACAGUUUGUGUUUAGGUGCGCUUUGAGCGUCCUUGCAAUCGCAUGUCCUUGUGCUUUGGGAUUAGCUACACCUACUGCGGUCAUGGUGGGAACUGGUGUUGGUGCGUUGAACGGCAUCCUAAUCAAAGGAGCAGGCCCAUUAGAGAAUGCCCACAAAGUGAAAGCCAUAAUGUUUGAUAAGACUGGCACUAUAACUAAGGGCACUCCAGAAGUUUCCAAGAUUUGGAUGCAGGGCGAUAGUUAUAGUCCGGCUUUAAUCCUAGCCGCUGUUGGUUGUGCCGAAGCCAACUCAGAGCAUCCAAUUGCUUCCGCUAUUUUGAAAUACGUUAGGGAAGUGCUAGGGAGUGACAUUAACGGAAGCAGUAAGAGUUUUCAAGCUGUGCCAGGAUGCGGUCUCAAGUGCAUAGUCUCCGAUAUUUCACCGCUGAUAAAGAACGCCAAAAACAGCGCGGAAUUAUCGAACUUUUCCUCAUUGGUGUCGGCUGGAAGUUCCGGCACUUUCAAGGUAAAUGGUGUGGAAAUUGAGGUGCAUCAAUCCCCUAAUAUGCGUCUGGGACAUCUGAUUGGCAUGGGCGAUGCUCCGGCAGACACGGGAUUGGGCGAAUAUACUGUAAUAGUCGGCAAUAGAGAAUGGAUGCGAAGAAACGGCCUGGCGCUUUUGCCGGAAGUUGACCAGAAGAUGGUAGCGGAAGAGGAAGAAGGAAGGUCUGCAGUUUUGUGCGCUAUAAAUGAUGCCAUCGUAGCCAUGAUUAGCGUAGCCGAUAUGGUAAAACCGGAGGCACACUUAGCAGUUUAUACUUUGAAAAAAAUGGGAUUGGAGGUGAUUCUUCUGACUGGCGACAACAGACAGACCGCGGUCAGCAUCGCCAGGCAAGUGGGAAUCUCGAAAGUUUAUGCAGAAGUCUUGCCGUCGCACAAAGUAGCGCGAGUUCAAAGGUACCAAAGCAGGGGAAUUCGUGUGGCAAUGGUAGGUGAUGGAAUAAACGAUUCUCCUGCAUUAGCACAAGCAGACGUUGGGAUGGCAAUUGCUGCUGGAACCGAUGUGGCCGUUGAAGCAGCCCAUGUUGUACUUAUGAGAAAUGACCUGCUGGAUGUCGUGGCUUGUCUACAACUCAGCCGGAAAACUGUCGAUCGAAUUCGGCUCAAUUUCAUAUUUGCCAGCAUGUACAACUUGUUAGGAAUUCCAUUGGCGGCAGGUGCUUUUAGUAUGGUGGGGUUCAUGCUGGCGCCUUGGAUGGCCAGCGGAGCAAUGGCAAUGAGCUCCGUAUCCGUAGUGGCUUCCAGUUUGUUGCUGAAGCUUUGGAAAAAGCCGACGAAAAAGGACUUAGAGACUGCUGAAUACUUAGCCAGUCGGGAUCACUGCUCAUUGGAAGCGAUUUCAAUUCAUCGCGGCCUGGAUGACAUCGAAAGUCUAGGAGGAGGCAGCCCGACCACUUUAUCUAGAAAAGGAAAAAGUGCCUUCAAAUUUUUAGUUAAUCCCGAAGCUUAAGUGGCUUAGUAACUAUCGUAAGUCGUUAUGUUUUCUUUUCUUUGUGAUGUUUUUCUACUGCUCGAUCUACUGCUAUUUUAUUGUUGUAAAUAAUAAGUACGUUGCAGAUUUUCAUUUUUUUAUUUUUUGUGUUUGUGCUUGUUUUGCACCCUGACCACUUUAUUUUUUAUUUGUGCUUUUGCGAAGAAUGCCCUGCGCUUAUUUUACUAACCGUCUAUUAUGCUUUUAGCAUUAAUGUGAACUAACAUUUCAAUUUUCGAUUACGUAUUAAUCACAUUUUUAAUUAGAUUGACACAUACGAAUUAUACAUAGUAGCGCUCACAUUAUACUUCCAUUAAGAAGAAAAGUAACCCAUGAAAAUGACCCAUUUAGGCAAAUAAUUUUUUAACAUUUAAACCAUUCAUCACAAUAAUUUGAAGCCUCUCAACAUAAUUGUCGUAAUAAACCGGCCAUAAUUUAAGCAAGAUGAUGUAAAAUAAAAAAGAAGCUGGUUUUCCAAUCGACUAUUUUCAGACAGAAAAACCUUUUUAAUCACCCUAAAAAUGUUCAUCUUUUAAAGAAGACAGCAUUUCUUCACGUCUUUUAUUAAGGAUUGAUAAAGUUUGCUCUAAAAAAUUAACUUAGAAAGUUGCCUGGACGUUUCGAUUGCAAUUUUGCAGUAUUUAUCAAAAGAUACAUAAAAGAUAGUAUAUUAAUAAGUUGUUAAACGAGCCUAAAUUAAUGAAAAUCUGUAAAUAUUCGCUGUGAGUUUUCGUUUUUCAAAAUGUAUCCAUUCUAUUAAAUCAAGAAAAUCAUGUUGCAUCAUGUUCAUGUAAUUCAAGCCUAUGUAUGUUAUAUUGACAGUGAACUCUUAGGAAGAAGAUACAUUUAAAUUAAAUUUUAUCAAAAUUCUUAAUUAAUCUUAUUUGUCUUUGUUUUUUAAACAAUGAGAUUAAAAACAAAGUGAAGAAAUGACAAUUGUUUGUCACUGAUUGCUUGUUUAACAAUGUAUUAUUAGAAAGGGAGGAAGCGGGUAUGUACGCACUGAAGAAACCAU